AUGUUGUUAUGGAAUUGUGUUCACCAAAUCUUGCCAGUUGCUGAUAGUCUAUCAAAAUAUAUACACUCCAUUUCUGGACAAUGCUGCAGAUGCUCCUGUGAUGCAGAAACUCAUCUGCACUUGUUUAGAGACUGUGGGGAUUCUAGCAUCCUUUGGAAUUUUAUUUUCCAACGUAUUUCAGCUGCUAAGGAAGUGUGCUUACAGUCUUUUUUCAACUCUAAUUGGCACCAAUGGAUGCAGUACAAUCUUAGUUUAAGCACAGCCUGGAAAGUUGUUUUUAUAGUGGCUGUGUGGCAUAUUUGGAAGGCUCGUAAUAGAGCAGUUUUUGAGCUGAAAAUGCUCAAGUCAUUCUCUGUUUAUAAUGCUUUCUAUUUGGACUAUAGGGAAACUAACUCCAUGGUGCAGGAUAAGGUUGCAGGUAACUGGUUGCAGAAGGCUCCAGCUUGGAAGCCUCCAGCUCCUGGUUUUCUGAAACUUAACAUUGAUGGCAGUUGGAAAGAAAAAGACGAAGCAGGGGGUGGUGGUGUGUUUAGAAGUGAAACAGGGAGCUGGUACAUUGGAUUUGCAAGUAAAUACAAUGCCAUCACUCCACUGGCAGCAGAGUUGUAUGCACUAAGGGAAGGUCUUCAAAUGGCACUGGAUUAUGGGGUGCAGAAGUUGGAAGUGGAGACUGAUGCAGAACUAUUGAUUAAGUUGUUAACAGCUAUGGAAGAUUAUUAUCAUCAUGAGUUAGCUCCAGUUAUAAAAGAUGUGGCUUGUCUUAUGACAAGGUUCAGUUCGUUUUCAAUUUCUCAUCUUCCCAGGUUGUUCAACAAGCUUGCACAUUGUAUGGGACAAUAUGCAAUAUCUAUGGCAUUGGGUCAUAAAGUGUUUCUCAACCCUCCAUCGUUCACAGACUUGGUGUAUCAGACACAGCUGAAACAAGCAAAAGACAGUUUGAAGGAGAUGGGUGAAACUUCAUCUAGAGCACAACGCCAUACACAGCUCAUUGAUUUGGAGCUCCCACCACCACCAGAGGCAGCACCCUCCACAACAAUAACACCAGAGAUCAUGUUUGGUACAAUCCCCACCAAAGUCACAACCCAGUUGAUCAAUGUCAAGAAGAAACCGGAUGUGCAGCAAGGAGAGUCGUCAAAUGUUAAGGAAUGA